UUUGCGAUUGCUUACACACUAAAAUUAAAACUUUUCCACAAUUACCAAAACCAAACAGUCAAGGAGCAAAACACCAGCCCAGAUCUGCACAACUAUAAGCACAUUAACAGCUUCACACUUUUUGCAAAACAUUACACACAGUGAUUUGCAAAACACUAAACACACUUAUAUACCUUUGACACUGAAAUUGAUCAUAAUGUUACUUCCUUGCAAUAUCAAAGCAAAGGCUUUCAAAUGAACACACCCAUGAACCAAUUAGUUAAACACAGCCACCAGGUGUGCACACACACAGGUGAAUAAUUAUAGACACACCAAUCAGGUUAACAAACACUAUAAAAAGGCAAUAGGUCACUGUCUUCAACAAAAAUGGACGGUGUGAGAGGAAGAAGGAGAGUGCGGGUGAGGGGAGGAAUCCAGAGAGAACAAGGUGGAGGAAGAGGAAGAGGAAGAGCUGGAGGAGUAGGAGGACGUGAACCAAGAAGAAGACAACCAAAUUUGUCAAAUGAAAUUCGUGCUACACUUGUGGACCAUGUAAUAAAUCAUGGACUUACACUUAGAGAGGCUGGACUGAGAGUACAGCCUAACCUAAGCAGGUACACGGUGGCAUCAGUAAUUCGGACAUUUCGUCAAGAGCACAGGAUUGAACGUCGAGAACACCAAGGAGGGAGGGGUUGCAUUUUUACACAGGAGCAGGAGAGAGAGAUCAUAAACCUUGUUUUGGCCAAUAAUGCAAUCAAACUUAGAGAGAUUCAAACCCAUAUUGUCAAUGAUUACACAGUUUUCAAUAAUGUCCAACGAGUCUCUCUGUCAACAAUAGCCCGUAUCCUUAAAAAACAUCAAGUCCAGAUGAAACAACUGUAUAGAGUUCCAUUUGAGAGAAAUGCAGAUAGGGUGAAAGUCCUGCGGCGUGAAUAUGCGGAGAGAGUUUUGCAAAUGGAUGCGGAUGAAGUCCAGCAUGAAUUUAUAUACAUUGAUGAGGCUGGAUUUAACCUAAGUACAGUGAGAAGAAGAGGAAGAAAUAUCAUUGGGCACAGGGCUAUUGUCAAUGUACCAGGGCAACGUGGGGGUAAUAUUACCCUUUGUGCAGCCAUAUCACAGAAUGGGGUCCUCCAUCGUCAUGCCAACUUAGGUCCUUACAACACUGACCUCAUUCUUAUAUUUCUGAACAGAUUACACCACAUUAUCACAGCUGCAAACCAAAGGAACCAGAUGAGAUACAUUGUCGUCUGGGACAAUGUAUCUUUUCAUCGUUCUGCUGAGGUCCAAAACUGGUUUCAGCAAAAACUGGAAUUUACAGUUAUGCACCUUCCACCAUACUCCCCCUUCCUAAACCCCAUUGAGGAGUUCUUCUCAGCAUGGCGGUGGAAGGUGUAUGAUCUCCGGCCGUAUGUCCAGAUGCCGCUCAUCCAAGCUAUGGAGGAAGCCUGUGACGAAAUUGAUGUAACAUCAAUACAGGGAUGGAUACGUCACUCCAGAAGAUUCUUCCCACGUUGCCUUGCUAAUGAUAACAUAGCCUGUGAUGUUGACGAGGCCCUGUGGCCAGACCCAGCUAGGCGAAGAGAUGCAGAUCAUGUUUAGUGUGAUCUUUC